UUGAAAAACAGAGCAUUCUUCAUCAAAGCUUUACUGAUUUCAAUUUUUCGCUUUCGUUUAUUUUUUCUCAAAGGAAGUUUGCAUUUCCUUUCUGGAGUGCGCUUCUGCUGAGCAGUAAUUCUUUCCAGUACCUUCAAGAGAAUCAACUUCUGCAUUGAUCAUCAUCUUCAUCAUUAACAGAGCUUCCAGCAUAAUUCUAGUCGAUUAAAGUUGAUCAGGAGAAAGCGCCGGAAUCAGCAAAGAUGACGGUCACACCAAAGAUCAACAUCAACGACGGCAACCUGGUGGUUCACGGGAAGACCAUAUUAACUGGAGUGCCUGAUAACAUUGUGCUUACUCCUGGUUCAGGUGUGGGAUUAGUUGAGGGUGCUUUCCUAGGGGCCUCAGCUGAACAUAGCAAAAGCUUGCAUGUCUUCCCUGUUGGCAACUUAGAGGGACUUCGCUUUAUGUGCCUCUUCCGCUUUAAGCUGUGGUGGAUGACUCAGAGAAUGGGGACCUGUGGAAAGGACAUUCCUUUAGAGACACAGUUUAUGCUCGUUGAGAGCAAAGACACGACAGAAGGCGAGCGUGAAGAUGCUCCAAUCAUCUACACGGUGUUCCUCCCUCUACUUGAAGGCCAGUUCCGAGCUGCCCUUCAAGGAAAUGACAAGAAUGAACUGGAGAUCUGCCUUGAGAGUGGUGAGUUUUUGCUCAUGUCCAUCGAAAAAUAAUUUGGUGUAGCUAAAUUGCAUCCUGCUUUCCCCAUUGUUUAUGUUCAUAUCUCCAAUUAAAGCCAGUACCAUCCCAUUCAUCAUUAGAAGGAGAGUAGGUGAACUAUGAGGCGGGGUGGAGCUGGUGCUAGUGCAAACGCAUGUUAGAAAAGGAAGAGUUCGAAACAACCGAAACGAUCUUGUUUUUGUGAUCUCAUUAUGCAGGAGAUAAUGCGGUUGUGACCAAUCAAGGGAUGUACCUUGUAUACAUUCAUGCGGGGACCAAUCCGUUUCAAGUCAUCAACCAGGCUGUCAAAGCUGUAGAGAAACAUUUGCAAACUUUCCACCACCGUGAGAGGAAAAAGUUACCCUCAAUCCUUGAUUGGUUUGGCUGGUGCACGUGGGAUGCAUUUUACACUGAUGUCACAGCUGAGGGUGUGGAAGAAGGUCUUAGAAGCUUGGCUGAAGGUGGCACUCCUCCUCGUUUCCUAAUCAUUGAUGAUGGUUGGCAACAGAUUGGUAGUCAAGCCUCGCAAACUGAUUGUGUUGUGCAGGAGGGAGCACAAUUCGCAAACAGGCUGACUGGAAUAAAAGAAAACCAGAAAUUUCAGAAGCAGAAAAAUGAGGAACAAGGCUCUGGCUUGAAGCAAGUUGUUGACGAUGCCAAGCAGAAGCACAAUGUGAAGUUUGUCUAUGUAUGGCACGCACUAGCAGGAUACUGGGGAGGUGUGGAACCAACAGGUGCUGGUCUGGAGCAUUAUGACCCUUCUUUGGCGUAUCCUGUCUCGUCACCUGGUGUAAUGGGCAAUCAGCCAGAUAUAGUGAUGGAUAGUCUUGCUGUCCAUGGUUUGGGUCUGGUACACCCAAAGAAGGUCUUCAACUUCUACAAUGAGCUUCAUUCUUACCUGGCUUCUUGUGGAGUAGACGGUGUUAAAGUGGACGUGCAGAACAUCAUUGAGACCCUUGGAGCUGGCCAUGGUGGUCGGGUGUCUCUUACUCGCAGCUACCAUCAGGCCCUUGAAGCUUCUGUUGCUCGAAACUUCCCUGACAAUGGAUGUAUAGCAUGUAUGUGCCAUAACACUGAUGGAAUUUACAGUGCUAAGCAGACUGCUGUGGUUAGAGCAUCUGAUGACUUUUACCCGCGUGAUCCGGCCUCCCACACCAUACAUAUAUCUUCUGUGGCAUACAACUCAUUGUUUCUCGGAGAAUUUAUGCAACCUGACUGGGAUAUGUUUCAUAGUUUACAUCCAGCUGCUGAGUAUCAUGCAGCAGCUCGAGCAGUCGGAGGAUGUGCGAUCUAUGUUAGUGACAAGCCUGGAAAUCACAACUUUGAGCUUUUGAAAAAGUUAGUCCUGCCAGAUGGCUCUGUACUUCGGGCAAGGUUGCCUGGCCGGCCCACACGGGACUGUCUAUUUGUUGAUCCAGCCAGAGAUGGAAAAAGCUUACUCAAGAUCUGGAAUGUAAACAAAUGUACGGGUGUGGUUGGUGUAUUCAACUGCCAAGGUGCUGGUUGGUGCAAAGUGGUGAAAAAGACGCGCAUUCACGAUGAAUCUCCCGGCAUACUCACUGCUUCUGUUCAAGCCACUGAUGUGGACUCCAUAUCUGAAAUUGCGGGUGCCAAUUGGAAUGGGGAAACAAUAGUCUAUGCCUACAGAGCAGGGGACAUCUUGAGGCUACCAAAGGGUGCUUCCUUGCCUGUGACAUUAAAAGUUCGCGAAUAUGAACUCUUCCAUUUCUCUCCUGUGGAGGAAAUUGCGGCAAACGUCUCCUUUGCACCAAUUGGUCUGCUGAACAUGUUCAACAGUGGUGGAGCUGUCGACAAGUUUGAGGUUCAACUUCUUACGCCAGAAAACAAACCAACAAACUGCAACGGAAAUGUCACAUCCGAAAACUCUGGAUCUCCAAGUGAUGAAAGACACGCCACCGCAAAGGUCAGCAUGGAAGUCAGGGGUUGCGGCAGAUUUGGGGCUUACACGUCUCAACGCCCGCUGAGAUGCACUGUGGAUGGUUCUGAAACCGAGUUCGAAUAUGAAGCUACAAACGGAUUGGUUUCUAUUGUCCUUCCUGUUCCAAAGGAAGAGCUGUAUCGAUGGAAAGUCGAAAUUGUAGUGUAAUGUAGAUUUAUGUAUCGCUGGUUGAAUCCGUUCCUCGGUUAAGGGGUUCAUAGUUACUGUCUCUUAUGGUUGUGGCUUAAAUUUUUAUGGAUGAACCAGAUGGCAAGGGAUGAAAAGCAAAGAGUGGUUGUAUCCUAGGUAGUUAGGCGUGGGGGUGAAAAUGGGAGAAUUUGGGGUCUGAGGAGACAGUUUUGUAUCACUUACAUUUGCUUCCAAAUAAAGCUGUCGAUCUUUUGUAUUUGUUCCUACAUUGUUUGCUCUGCUAGUUUCAUUCACCCUUUAAGUACUAGU